CACACACACACACACACACUCGUGUACUGGUGAUUGUUGGGUCCGGUCCGGUCCGGUUGUUAACCUGUUCAUUCUGAUCAAUCUCAGUCCAACAGCAACUACCUGACAAAAGUUGUGCGACUGCAUCUUCAAGUCAUUGCAAACACUGGAUGUUAGUAUCGCAUACACAUCAUAAACAGCGUGGAUCAUUCGUGUCAUCAGUUUCUGUGAUUCAGAUUCUAAAGGUUCUGGAUUAACAGCUGAAUCAGUGUGUGUCCAUGGCUCAAUAUGAUCAGUUGGAGGAUAAAGACUCGCUGGAUAUUCAUGACAACCCUCCAGCACCAGAUAAUGUUGUCAAAGAGGAAGACAACACUGUGUAUUUUGUGUAUGAUGAAGAGGUUGAGGAAGAAGAAGCUCCUCCUCCUCCCACCCCUGAGCCUGUAGUUCAGGUCAAUGACAGGCCGCACAAAUUUAAGGACCACUACUGCAAGAAACCCAAAUUUUGUGACGUUUGUGCACGAAUGAUCGUCCUCAAUAAUAAGUUUGCCCUGCGCUGCAAAAACUGCAAAACCAACAUUCAUCACUCGUGUCAGUCGUAUGUGCAGUUCCAGAGAUGCUUCGGGAAAAUACCUCCCGGCUUCAGACGGGCGUACAGCUCUCCUCUCUAUGAUCAAGAGAUCAAUAAUCCAGGUCAGCAGAACCGGACGGACCCGGUGUACGACACACUGAGAGUGGGUGUGAUCAUGGCCAAUAAAGAGAGGAAGAAAGGAUCAGAAGACAAGAAGAACAUGAUGAUGAUGAUGAUGGAGGAGGAAGAAGCCCAACAGCCUAAAGAGGAUGAAGAGGGAGGUGAAGGAAAACAAGAUGGAGAUAAGAAAGACAAGACGGCCGCAGAUGACAAGAAUAAGAAGCAGCAGCAGACGUUCAGUCAGUCUCACUAUUAUCUGGCUUUAUAUCGGUUUAAAGCCAUUGAGAAAGAUGACCUGGACUUCCAUCCAGGAGAUCGCAUCACAGUUCUGGAUGACUCUAAUGAAGAGUGGUGGAGGGGUAAGAUCGGUGAGAAGACGGGUUAUCUGCCCAUGACGUACAUCAUACGUGUGCGCGCAGGAGAGCGUGCGUAUAAAGUGACUCGAUCUUUUGUGGGAAACAGAGAGAUGGGUCAGAUCACGCUGAAGAAAGAUCAGAUUGUGGUGAAGAAAGGAGAAGAAGUGAACGGAUAUCUGAAGGUCAGCACUGGACGUAAACUGGGCUUUUUCCCCGCUGAUCUACUGCAGGAGAUCUGAACACGUGACACUGAUGUGAUGUCAUCAUGAGAGGAGAAUUACAGUCAAACAAAACACUCCCAAAGUGUCCCAGUUCACAUACUAUCCAUACUAAAUACUCUUCACAAUUACAUUGAGUGUGUUGACAGAGAGAGACGAUUGACAUUACCCACACCUCGCCACCAGAGGGCAGUACACUGAAACUAUACAGUAAACAUCACUCAAGUCACUUGUGUGUGUGUGGAUACUGUAUAUAUUCAGUAUAUCCCAUAGGUCUACAUACAUUCAGUGCAGCCAUGAAAUAAAGAGUUUAGAUCAUAAACACACAGACUUGAUGUUUGCUGAGACAGCGUUUAUUCAGGCUGUGCUCGUCUCUCAUGUCAUCACGUGUUGUGUGUGUGAAAACAUAAUGAUCUACUAUCAUUGACGAAAAAUUAUAGUUUUGUUAAUUAUUGACAAGUAUUUAAGAUUUAAAAUAUGAAAUUUAACCAAUUAAAAUAUUCAAUCAAGUGUGUCGUCAGUAUGUUUUGUAUGUGUGUUUGAUUUGAGUCGCUGUGAAAAUGUUCGGCUUCUU